AUGAUGGUAAAGAAUGGUAGUGGUCUUAUCGUCAACAUCAGUUCUGCGGGUGGUCUCAGGUUCAUCAAAACCAUGUUUGUUAAGCGCACUGAUAUGUUCAAAGAUGGCGAAACUACCGAGUAUCCUGGUAAAGCCAUUGUAGCUCUUGCGUCUGAUGAUCGAAGAAUGGAAAAAACUGGACGGGUUUUGAUUACUGCGGACUUGGGCAGCGAAUACGGUUUCCGAGACACGGACGGUCGUGACCCUCCAAAUCUUCGUAGCCUCACAUUCCUGCUCACCCAUGCAGGUUACAAACAAGCUGCACAGUGGGUGCCUUCAUGGGUAAAAGUGCCUGGAUGGUUGCUGUGGGGAUCGGCGAGCAGGCUUUAA